AUGUCAGAUAUUGAACAGGAACAACAGGUGCAGCAACCACAGGCUCAGCAAGGCGAGGAGGAGAACUCGAUGCUCAACGUCGACCUGAACACAUUGAGCACGCCAGCCAAGCUCGAGUACAUCACACAGUUGAUUGGCGAUGCGUACAACAUCAACAUUGCUCAGAAGCUCGAGCAGUUCCUCGACAUUCAGAUCGCCGAGAACAUCUAUCUGUUCCAGGCCAACUCCACAUUGCUCAAGCUCUAUCAGUUCAACCCAACUGCUCUCAACAAGGACAACAUCGCCAAGAUGCUCGCAAAGGCCUUGAUGAACCUGCCUUCAAACGAUUUCCUAUUCCUUUCAUAUAUGAUCCCUUUCUCAAUGCAAAAAGAGGAGCCACUGCUGAAGCUCUUCACACUGAACAACUUGUUGGAGACAUGCAAGUUCAAGGAGGCUUGGGAGCAUAUCCAAGCUAAUCAAUCAUUCUUUUCAAAUAUACCAAGCUUCUCAGAGAGCGUCAGGAACUUCAUCGCUAGCGUUUUGUCGAUCACAUACCAGACGAUUACAGUUCCAAUGCUUUCAGAGAUGCUCAAUGUUCAACAGUCUUCACUCGAGGAAUUCAUCGUGUCAGCCAAACCAUUGUGGAAGUACAACGGUACCACUGUAUCACUCCAGAGCGAUAACAUCAAGCAGAAGAAAUCCGAUACCUUUACUUUUGACCCUAUCAAGAGUAUUGCCAACUAUGAUGAAAUAAACUACGAUGCAUCACAGCAACAGCCAGUUACAGUCAAAAACUGA